AGUGGCGCUGGAGGUGUAUGCGGAUGUAUGGAGUUAUUUUGUGAGCUAUAAGCAAGUUUUUGUUGCAAGUUGCAAGUGAUACAUUUGCAUGUUCUGAAGACAGGUUGUAAUAAUUAUUCGCAGUGCGCUUGCAAACAGUUUGUUACUCAUUACAGAAUACUGAUAUGACGUUACAGAACUUUCGUGUUCACACCGCUAGCCGCGAAUCUGUUGCAAGCCUAAGUCUUUUCUAAUUAAAUCCUGCACCGUAUCGUUUCUCUCAUUAAUUGCGAAUCGAGUUGUUAAUACCUACCGGUACAUAAAACUGAUUAUUACUGUAUGCGCUAAGACGUUAUCAUGGCGACUGACAUUAGCUGAAGGUAGUUGGUUUUCGUGUUGGCGUGUGACCUGACAUUUUUCAAUUGAGCAAAUUAAAAUGCUGAUAUAAGAAUUUAGUUGCAAGUGUAUAUGUGGUUUUCGUUACUGGUAUUAGACAUAUUGAUGAAAAAUUAAAACAGAACAGCGUAGUUUCAGACGUCGCGGCUUUCGUAUUCGUUUUCAGACUGAAGACACGCAAGAAUGGGUGAGAAACGGGGAAUGAAAGCUCUGGAAGCGUGGUGCAAGAAGGUGACAGAUGGGUACCGAGGAGUAAAAAUUGACAACAUGACAACUUGUUGGAGGGAUGGUCUAGCCUUUUGUGCCAUCAUACAUCAUUUCAGACCAGAUCUUAUUGACUUUGAUACUCUUGAAAAGAAUGAUAUCUAUCGUAACAACGAGUUGGCAUUUCGGACGGCAGAACAUCACCUUGGGAUACCUGCUCUUCUGGAUGCUGAGGAUAUGGUGGAAUAUGAAGUUCCAGACCGCCUGUCCAUCUUAACUUAUCUUUCACAGUUCUAUCAAACAUUCACUGGCAGUCGACAAGGAUCUUCACCUACAAGGACAUUAUCAAAGAGGCCGGUAUCAGCAUCUGAGCAAGGAAUAUUGUCUCCUGUGUCAGAAAGUCCUCCCAGCAAAGUGGCUGAACGAUUAGGGCGUAGGGAACCAUGUGCAAAGUGUGGACUUCCUGUAUUCAUAGCAGAACGUCUUUUAGUGAGUGGUCGCACACUUUACCACCGCACAUGUUUCCGUUGUGCCCGUUGCCAGAACCAACUCAGUCUUGUCAACUUCUAUGAAACAGAAGGGGGAGACUACUGUUGCGAAACCUGUCCAGAUGAGGUCCUUGACUCAUCCAACCAUGAAGAAAAAUCUCAAGUUGCUAGUCAAAAUGACCAGAGUAACCUUGACAUGAUAGGACAUGCAGGUCCAGAAGAUGAGUACAGUGCAGAAUUUGAAUUGGCCUUAGAGAAAUCGGCAGUGCCACUUAUCAGUGAGGUCAAAGAACAACCAGAAUUAAAAUUUUCUAAAGCUCGUUCCGAUUUUAUGAGUAGUCAGCUGACCGUCCCAGAGUCACAAGGCUCGGAAGAAAUAAGUAGUGUUAGUAAUAAUGAGGAAACAUUGCCACAGCCUCAGAAGCAAGGUAUUGAUAACAGUAAAGAGAAUGGGUGUUCGUUAUCCUUGCAAUACAGUGCACUAGAGAGGCAGACUGUUCACUCUUCUUCAAACACAAGUUCCUUAAACAAUGUAGAUAAAUCAAGAAGCAGAGUGAGUAGUGAAUGUAGUUUUGUAAAUAUUGACAGUACCCUGCCACUGGACAGUGGUGUUGCAAAGUGUUCUUCUAGAAAAUCAGAUACUUCUAGUGUUGUUGGAGAUGGUUUAUUCUCAGGAAAUAGUGUUCCUUUCAAAGUUAGUUCAACUAGUUUAAAUAGUGUUGGUGGUGAUAAACAGCUUGAAGUUAGAAAUGAUAGUGUGGCCCUGGAGGAUCACAAUAAAGACCUGAACUCGUCUGGAGACCUGUCAUCCUCCAUAGUCAAGUUGAGGUUAAAAAUGUUUGAAAAGAGCGGUAAUGCAGAAGAAAAUACUAAAGCAUUAAAGACGAGAUCCAAUAACAUAUCUGCUCUCUACCAAAAGGAUGAGACCAGUUCAGCUUCGUUAGAUAUGUUUAUCACUAGAUCUACAUCUGUUGAGUCCAAAGACAGAGUCUUUGUCGUUGAAGAAGGUAAGGUUGAAAAGCAAGAGGAUCAAAAUGGACAAGAAAAGUUAGUUCAUAAAAUUGAUAUUUCCAAAGAGGAAAGCGGGUUUGAAACUAAUGAGAGCAUCGAUGUUGGACUAGCUUUGAAGAAGGAAUCUCAGUCACAUAUCGAUGACUCAGUUGAACAUAUGAAUUCUGGGGACAGAAUGGUAAGAGAAAAGUCAUCUAGUAUAAGUGACAUACAGGAGACAGAUAAAAGUGACAUUCCAAAAGACACAGGUCCCAUCAAAGUCAUAGAAUCUGAUGAUAUUCAGACAAAUUUUGCCUUGCCAAAAAGCAAGUCAGCCAAGCAGAACAAUGAUUGUACAUAUCCCAGUGAACUUAAUCCAUUUGGGGAUGAUGAUGAUGACAGCAGUAUUACUGAACAGGCAAAUGAACGAAGUGUUGUAUGUAAGCCAUCUGUAUCAAAAGUGGCACAAGAAAUGAAUCCAUUUGGGUCCAGUGAUGAAGAAGAGAUGCGGAUUAUGGUGGAGCCUCCUACACCACCUGUUCCUGUUGCCAGAACUAAAAGAAAGAUAGUACUAGAAGCCCCAAAAGUGAACCUGAACCCUUUUUGGAGUGAUGGAGAGGAGCCAAGCAGUGGGGAUGAAAAUACAGGGUCCACAUGUAGCACAUCAGAGAAACUUCCUGUACCCCGGCCUAGGACUGUCAUGGGCGUCACUCCUGAGCCUUGUCCAGUGCCCCGCAAAUCAUUGCAGACAAACAGCAGUGACAAGUUUGGGUCAGUAUCAUCAUUGUCAAGCCUCAGUUCAGCUGGUGGAACAUCGAACAGAAAGAAAAAGAAGCCUGCACCAGCUCCACCAAGGGCUCAGGACGUGUUUUCAGAAACAAUAACUGCCCCAUCUGAUAACUCAUCCAGGGCCUCAUCCCCAUGUCCCAGCUCGAGAUAUUCACCUUCUCCAAAAGCUACUCCUCACCAUCGUAAGUCUCGUCCAGCCCCUCUUCCACCUGCAGCAACACAAGGGAGUACUGUACUCUCAUUUGCUGAGGCUAAACUUGUGGUUGCAAAGCUAGAAGAUUCACCAUCUAAUUCUUUGCAGUGGGAACGUGAAAAGAAUAAAAAGGAUGUGACAAAUCGCAACCGACAGAGUCAAAUUUCGGACACAUUUAGUUUUGGUCCCAUGUCACCAAGUGAACAGCAGUUGGUCUUUGGGCCCAACAAGAGUACGUAUGGUCAGUGGAAGAGGAAAAAAGGGCCAGCACCACCACGGCCCGUACCGCAGCGCAGACAGAUAAAGGCCAUUCCAAUGAAGGAAGUGAAGAGAGAGUUAGAGGAUAUUGAGGUGCAGCAGCAGGAGUUGGAGCGACAGGGAGUGACACUGGAGAAAACCAUUCGUGAUAAAUUUGAUCAGGCUCCAAACAGUAAUGAUGAUUCCAGUAUGACUCCUGAUGUCGAAGAUUUAGUGUUGCAGCUGUUUGAAUUGGUUAAUGAAAAGAAUGAAUUGUUCCGCCGGCAGGCAGAACUCAUGUACUUGCGUCGCCAGCAGCGUUUGGAAGAGGAGCAUGCAGAUUUGGAAUACCAGAUUCGUUGCUUGAUGGAUGUGCCUGAACAUACAAAAACAGAUUCUGAUAAAACUCGUGAGGAGGAGUUAAUCCAGCGCCUAGUGGAGGUGGUUGAACGUCGUAAUGAAAUUGUUGAAUGUCUUGAGAUGGACAGGAUACGUGAGGCAGAAGAGGAUCGUAGCAUACAUUCACGGCUUGGGAUGUUCUCUAAAGGGAAGAUUUCAUGCCAAGAAGAAGUUACUUAUUCAGAUUCUUAUUAUGGAAAGAUGAAGAAAAAGAAAAAAGACAAAGAGAAACAUACUAAAAAGAAAACUUUGAAAUCUGGGCUUGAUGUGGACAAGGACAUCGAUGAGCGAGAAGAAGCAGUACCGAAACAUGCCAAAGAGAAGAAGUCAAAGAGAAAAUGGUUCUGAGCACCAUACUGAAAGGUUUUUUCUGUGCUUGGGGCCAGUACACAUAUGUUAGUCCCAAACAGUUCCUUUGUCCAGAAUAGUCCAGAAUAACGUAACUUGUGCAGUGGUCAUGAACGAUAGCUUGAGAAGCAUAUGCAAGGAGAUGACUGUGGUAUACUUUAAAGCGCUAGCACAGCAUUUCUAACAUGUGGAUGAAGAAAGUUACACAGUAAGGAGCUUCAUAAUAUGUUCACUUCCCCUAAUAAUGUUAAUGUGAUUAAAUCUAGGUGUAAGGAAUGAGUAGAACAUCUAGCACAUAGAAGGGGAACAGAGAAAUGCAUGCAGAAUUUGGGUUGGCAAACUUGAAAGGAAGAGACCAGUUGACAACUAGGUGUACAUGUUGUAAAUAUAGUAAAAUUCAAUGUACAUACAUUUCUUUGUUGUCACCUGCUUGAUGUAUAUAGAGGCUUCAGCCCUACAUCAUCUAAGAGAAUCUUGCCUUUGAGUGGUACUAGCCAAAGUACCUGAAAAUCCAUUCCAACAUUGCAUUUCUUGCACUUUGUGAGGAUGCUUCUUCUCCCAUGUGCAGAACAGACAUGACAGUUCAUUCUCUUGGCUGAAGUGGUAGGCCAGUGAUGUAAACUGGCUUCCUCUAAUCAAGAUAUUGUAGUUGACAGAGCAGGGAGUCAACUUAUGGGGCACUGUGGACGAGGAGGGCCCCUUGGAGCAUGUUUCACACAAGGGCAGGAAGAAAGUCUCGAUGUGACAGUUUCACACAACAGGAUAAAACUGUUUAGAAUCAUCAGGUUCAGUAAAUGUAAUAUAGAAUCUGUAUCCACUUCCAGGUCCGACAACUGAUGGAACAGGUGUUUGUCAUUCUGUCCACUUUGUCAGUAUAUCCUGUGUUCUUGUUACAGCUCAUUGCAGUUGCUGGUUUUAUGGCAUUUCCAUGUUCAUCACAAAAAUUUCAUCCUGCUGGUGGACUGUGCAUGUUCGCCAUGACAUUUGCUGAUAUGAAGUGCAUGCACAUCAUUGCCGUUCUCAGUACAUAUGAAUUUCAGAAUUUCAGUUUCAUCAGAAUGUUUAGAAGAAGAUAAAACUGAAAAGCAACUUAUGUGGGAUUCAAAUUCUGAUUGCUUUACUGAAGAUGAAGCGAACAGUGCACAUGACAGAUGCUACAAAGACAAAAGAGUGCAAGAAACCUCAUCAGCCACUACCAAUACAGCCACCACCAUGGGGUUAUGAAUAUUUUUUCAAUGGAGCAGUGGGGAUAAAUCUCAACAAAGCUCCACAAGUGAAUAAGGAUUACACAAGACUCUUUGUUCUCAUAUUGCAUUUCACAGGUAUCAUCCAUCUGCUGGUGGGACUAACAGAUAUUAUCACCAGUACCUGAACACACUUGAAGACGGAUCAUCCCCCCUCCCCGACAUGACCAACUCAGAGAUGUUUCUGUUUCUAGGGAUCAUUAUUCAAAUGGGACAUGACAUUAGAGAUAGAGAAUAAGGGACUGUUGGGUGACUGCUGAAUAAUUUUUGACCUUUCUAGAGUAACACAAUGAAGUGCGACAGAUUUCUUUUUCUUUGCCUCCUUCGCUUUACGGACAACAUUUAACCUCUUUGGUCCAGCAUUGCUGGGCGCCACUUCUCUUUAACCGCUCUUUGCUGCCCACUGCUGGGAG